GCAUUAUACACCACGACAUUAUUAAUGAGUAUUGCAAUCUAUCGUCUCUUCUUCCAUAAACUACGCAAAUAUCCCGGUCCAAUCACUUUCGCGUUGACAAAAUGGACUUCCGUUCCAAUGGAUGCUGCCGGUGAAAGACCACACACAUUCACAAAAUUACACGAUCGAUACGGUGACAUCGUUCGUGUUGGACCAAGAGAAUUAUCGAUCAACGAUCCAAACGCCGUCACUUCUAUUUUGGGCGGAACGAGUAAAUGCGUCAAAGGUCCAUGGUAUCAAGGCGUUCAUGGCGGUAAAGGUGAACGGGCAUUGAAUUUGCACGUUACAAUGAAUCCAACCCAUAGAAGACAAAGAAGAAGAAUUUGGGAUCAAGCAUUCAGCGUACGUGCAUUGCAGUCAUACGAAGAACAAUUGUUAGCCAGUACUCGGCAGGUCAUGCAACAACUCAAUAAACUUGCUGGCGAAAAAGAAGCUGUUCCAGUCGAUCAAUGGUGUUGUCUGUAUUCGUUUGAUAUCAUGGGAGAAUUGGGCUUCUCACGUUCAUUCAACAUGGUUCAAAAAGGGAAAUUCUCCAAUGAGAUUCAUCUUUUGGAGAGCUUCAUGAGUGCCGUAAUGAUUAUCGGGAAUGUGCCUUACCUUUCACACAUCUUGCGCUUGUUGCCUAACCCUUUGGUAGCGUUUGAUGACUAUACGGAAGAAGCUGUGAAAGAACGUGUACAAAGAGAAAAGAAUUUGCAAGCAGACAAAGAGGGUCAAGUCGCUCGUGUUCCCGAUGUUUUCUCUUACCUCUUAGAGGAAGAUACGGAAAACGGAUGGAAACAUACAUGGAAAGAGCUGAUUGCAGACGCUCAAUUGCUCAUCGUUGCCGGCAGUGAUACUUCUUCUUCAACGUUGUCCUUGGCUUUGUACAAUUUGGCCACAAAUCGUGAAUGCUUGGAAAGUUUGAGAAAAGAGCUCGAACAAGUUUUUGGAAAGGAUAUCGAAACGAGUGAAAUUCAAGACUUUGAUGCGUUAAACAAAGAUUGUCCAUAUCUAAACGCAGUCAUCAAUGAAACAAUGCGUUUGUUCCCACCGGUAGCAUCUGGUGUUCAACGUGUGACACCGAACAAAGGUCAAUUUGGCGCAAAAUCCGAUCAAACGGAAAUCAAACUACGAAACAAAAAGAGUUUAUUCUUACCACCUGGAACGGUUGUUUCUAUUCCAACUUCACUCAUUCAACGUGAUCCACGUAAUUUCAGCCCACAUCCUAACAACUUCCGACCUGAACGUUGGAUUUCACCGGAAAGAGAAGAAGCGUUUGAAAAGAAUGCAUUUGUGCCGUUUGGCUAUGGACCUUCAGGAUGUGUAGGAAAGAGCUUGGCAUAUAUGGAAAUGCGUUUAUUCCUUGCGCAAUUUGUAAUGCAAUUCGAUAUUCGAUUAGCAGAAAAUUUCGAUCAAAAUGCUUUCUUGGACGGAAUCAAAGAUACGUUUACCAUGACUCGUCAAAAACCUCUAAACGUUCAAAUC